CAGGCCAUAGAUUUUUUUUUAUCUCCACCGCCACCACCACCACCCCAAUGUCUGACAACAUCUCCAUCCUCAUCACCUACUGGGGUGAUAAAUUUAUCACCACCGGUGCUUCAGCCACCACCAGCAUCCCCAUCACCAUCACUUCCACCAACAACAGCAACAUCAUCGGCAUUUCCUUCGCCACCAGCAACUCCAUUACCUCAGCCACCAACACCCGUGAUCCCAUCACCACCACCAGCGAUCCCAUCGCCACCACCAGUGAUCCCAUCACCACCACCAGUGAUCCCAUCGUCACCACCAGCGAUCCCAUCGCCACCACCAGCGAUCCCAUCGCCACCACCAGUGAUCCCAUCGUCACCACCAGCGAUCCCAUCGCCACCACCAGUGAUCCCAUCACCACCACCAGCGAUCUCAUCGCCACCAGUGAUCCCAUCACCACCAGCGAUCUCAUCGCCACCACCACCACCAGCGAUCUCAUCGCCACCAGUGAUCCCAUCACCACCAGCGAUCUCAUCGCCACCAGUGAUCCCAUCACCACCAGCGAUCUCAUCGCCACCACCACCAGAGAUCUCAUCGCCACCACCACCACCAGUGAGUCCAUCGCCAUUACCACCACCAGCGAUCUCAUCGCCACCACCAGUGAUCCCAUCACCACCACCAGCGAUCUUAUCGCCACCACCAGCGAUCCCAUCGCCACCACCAACACCAGCGAUCUCAUCGCCAUUACCACCACCACCAGCGAUCCCAUUUUUGGCCUUAUCGACCUCGAGAGACGAUCUUAUGUUCCUCUCCAUUCCAGAUCCAGAAUUCACUGUUGAAUUCGAUUCAGAUGAUGAAUUUGAAUCGAAUUCAACAGUGAAUUCAGUUCUGACCAUGAGUUCACCUUCAUACUCGUGUUUUUAA